UGGACAUACGUUAUUUUUUUGCUUAAAGCAAGAAGUUCAUAUACAAUAUCCUCUUUGUUUCCUAACGUUAUUUAUAUUAUAUAACAAUGCAGUUCAAGACGCUUCCCUUCCUUAUGUUGGCUGCUACAGCCCUGGCUGCCCCUGAAGCCCAGCCAGCGGACACGGACAGUGCUCAAUCCUACAUUGACAAUCUUGAAAGCCUGUGAGUACUGAUGCCAGCCAGAAAGUUAGAAUGACUGCUGACACGUAACAGUGCUACCCAGACCGAAUUGCCCGAAGGCAUGCCAACCAACAUGCCCUCGAUCAAUACGCCUCCCCCUUCCAUCAUGUCGGUGCUCAUGACUGCCGUCCCUCCUUCUCUCCUCCAAGAUAUGGGCAACGACGCUUCUCGAUCGUCAUUUGCUAGUGAGAUCAGUGCCGGUCACUAUCCCGACUGGUACAAGAGCCUCCCCGGCGAUGUCAAGACCUUCAUCGCGACUGCCUACCAAACCGACGCGCAGGCCACUGGUGCGCAGAAGACCGGCGAUUCCACCGCUACUAGCGGACCUAAGGCGACCGGUAGUUCUGGGUCUGACUCCAAGUCUUCUACUUCGGAGGCUGGUGCUGCCCCUACUGGUGCUGUUGCAGUUGGCUUGGCCGGUGCUGCUGGUAUCCUUGGCCUUGCUAUUGCACUGUGAGAUUCUCGACUCUGGCCGUUCUCAUUGGCCGCACCCGAAAGAAGGAAAAAAUAGAUAUAUCCCACUUAUUGCCAUAAUCUAAUGCAUUAUUAUGCCUUGCGUAAUCUGUAGAAAGCAAAACCCCUUUCUUUUAGGGCUUUCAUGAAACGUGACCGACUUGGUUAAGCUUUGACUACCACUGCCCAGCACUGGGCAAAUGCCCGAGAAUGCCAAGGCUGCGUCCAAUGAGAGAUUUGCUGACAUAUAACUGCGCCUACCGGUGUUUGCUGGUGCGAAGUGCCUCAAAUCUUGGUUCAUAUAUCUAUGCAUAUCUCCGAUGUGACCGAGCUUGGUUAAGUCCGAGCAAACCAACAGCUACUGGGAAGGCCAAUGAAAAGGCGUACAUAUAAGUUUGCCUAAAGUUCAAUUUCCUUUAUUCGGUGUAUUCAAAAGUAAUUCCGAGUCCGACGGCAAACCGACAUCAUAGUACUCGUCCAGUCUGAUGCAGC